AAUGGUUACAAGAUUGGAAAAACGAGAAACAUUUGUGUGUGAAAAGGGCCUACUUACUUUCCCAGACCCUCUCCCCCCCAUUAUCUGUUUAGUGUCCAAUGGGGUUCAAACAAAUUGUUUUGGUAACAGUUCCGAUUCUUGGCAGGUUCGGUGACGAUCUGCAUUCCAUUCCCACACUUGUAGCUUUGGGGUCAGCCAGCCGAUUCGGUUUCUGGUCUUUCCCCCACCCAUGUUUUGGCUCUCCCUCUUUCCUUCGGGGCUCAUGGCAGUCUGGCAUCAGGGAAGCAGAGAUGGGGCAAAGCAAGAUGGCAGCACUGGCACUGACAUUACAACUGCGCCAAGACGAGCUUGUACAUCUCACUAAACAAUAACUUGGCUAUCUUGGUUUAAUUUGUGACGCUGCUCCUCUUGGCACUUUUUCCAGAGUUUUAACAUCCCUAUCCUGUCAGAACUAAGCCUUCCAUCUCCCCCAUCCUUCUGUCCGAGCCAAUGAAGCCUCUUGAAUGAGAAGCGAAGCAUCUUCGAGGCAGAACAGGAAAAAAAGUCCAGUUUUCUUUUCAAAAAGCAUCUUUGCAACAACCCAGCCCUGCCAUACCCAUUAGCUGAAGCCAUCUCCCUUUCCCACCUCCCCUUUCCAAUACCUGCACAAUAUCUAUGCAAAUGGGCAAACAAACUCCCGUCUCUCCAGUGCAAGAGAUUCAACUGGGCACGGAAGACCUGCUUUGCUUCAGCAUGAAUAUAUUUGGGAAGAAUAAGGCUCCGUCUGAACUUCCACCAGAACCUCCAAAGAGACCAGAUGUCCAGGGGGAGGCGGUUCCUCCAAGCCUUGCUGAGGAGGAGGAGGAGGAAGCUCUGUAUAUCUACGAAGCUCCCCCAAGAGAAGAACCGGCUAAGAAAGGGUCUGUAGUCCAGCCGCAAGAGCCUGAGGAAGGCACAUACCUUGAUUGUCCAAAUCUGAGGCGCUUCUCUCUGCCCGUCAAUUUGCAUUCCAAGCCCUGCAUGUUGCUCGCAAAGCCCGGAGCUGAAGAUAGUGAUGACGAAGGGACAAUCAACAUCCAAGCCCUUGAGGAAGCACUGAAAAAGGGAUUGAUGAAGUCUCCUCAGCCUCCUUCUCUUCCGCCCUCAGCUCGCCGGGUGUCUUUGCCCGCCUCAGCCUUCUCUGGACAUCAAACAAAAGUGGCCAUAAACAACGAUGUUUUCCUGGCCACAGAAGAUGACAAGGAUGAACCUCAAGAUCAACCUAUCUAUCUGGAAUGUGAGGCCAGCACAGGCGUGGUGCCCAGCAAAGGGCCUUCUUCUCCAGUCUUGGACCCUCUAACCUGCCUCUUGAAACAAGCCAAGUCCAAAAUUUCUUCUUUGGGAUCUCAGCAGGAUCCUGAUAUGAAAAAUGCGGCAUGGUAUGCAGGCAACUGUGACCGGCGUACGGCUGAAGCAGCUCUCCUCCAAUUUAACAAGAACAGUGCCUUCAUGGUACGGCAGAGUUCUCGCCGUUCUCCCAGGCAGCCCUUCACCUUGGUGGUUUUUUACAAGAAUCAUAUCUAUAAUGUUCCUAUCCACUACCAGGAGAGCAGCUGUCAGUUUGCCCUUGGCAAGGACGGCAAGAGCCAUGAGAGGCAGAAGACUGUUGGUUUGCAAAAUUCCGGACAUGACCUACCAUCAUCAUCAUCAUCCAGACAAGCACCUGCAACAUAAGACCUGGCAUGACAAACUAGCAACAAUGGUGCAUUGGAAGAUCUGCAAGAAAUAUCAUUUGCCUGUAAGCAAGUCAUAGAAAAUGAUAAAGUUAAACUGCUCUGGGACUUCAGAAUUCAAACAGACAAGCACCUGCAACAUAACACCCCGGACUUAACAAUUGUCGAUAAGAAAGACAAAAAAGUCUAGAUAGUGAUGAUAGGGGAUGACGGGGGGUAUUUGGAAGGGAUUCCUGUUCUAUUUCUCAUAACUUCUGCUAACAGUGUCCUAUUUCCAGCCAGAACUGUAUAUAUCUCGGUAAACCCGUUCUGUACCAAUGACCUUGCUGCAAUAGUUAUCCAGUCAGGAAGGUAUCUGUAAAGCAAUAAAGUAAAGUCAGCAGAAUAAGAUAGCUGUGCAGAGAACAGUGAGUUGGCAAAAGUUCCACACUCCACUGUCCUCUCCUAAGAAUGAGUCUUCUUGCACCAUCCAUUGCUCCCUCCCCCAUUACCUUUGCUCAUCGCUAAAGGUUGGGAGCAGAACAAGGAUCUCUCAAGAUGUGAUUAAAAAGAAGUCAAGAUGGCAGCCACAAUGUGUGAUCAAAACUCCACCUGUUUUCCAUGUAUGACUUGCAUACAAAAUGGCAGAGCUUUAAUUAUACCGUCAUGGCCACUAUCUUGACUUCAGUGACAACAGCAGGCUGAAAGAGAGGGAAAGGGCUUAGCAAACAAAGUAUGUGAGCCCAAUGUCCUUAAUGAUGCCCACAGUGAGUUGGAACAGAAAAAAAGGUUCUUUUCCCUCAUCUCCCAGUGUGCUAAACCUGCCGAGACCAUUUUUCUUGAGGUCUCCUUGCAAUUAUCAGGAGCACUUGUGGGCAAUCUCAAGUCAUCUCCUUGUCUGGAGGGGAAUUAUGAAGAGCUGGAUCGACCUGCUAUCUUUCCCUUUUGUUGCAGCAUCAACUCCAGCUUCAAUCUGCUAUUUUUCUCCCCAGAAGUCAGAAUGUCCUGCAUAUAUGCUGAUAAAAUUUGUCCUUGGUCUUCCAACAGCAUAUUUACUGUUGUGAGUGGGGUGGCCACAUAAACCAUAUCAAUGAAUAAGAGAGUGUAAAUGUUUUCUUAACAAGGGAGUCUGCAGGGUUAGUCAAAAUCCAAGAUGGCAGCCACGUUGGUGUAAAUGAAGGUCUCCUGUUUUUUUUUUAAUGUGUUGUACAUGCAUGACCCCAAUUUCUAGCAAACACUGAAGCCUUCAUUUCAGAGUAAUUAAUCUUGAGGCGUUUUCUAGGGCAGCGUUUCUUAACUAUAGCAACUUUGAGCUGUAUGGACUUCAACUCCCAGAAUUCCUUAGCCAAUAUGCUGGCUGGGGAAAUCUAGGCGUUGAAAUCCACACCGCUUAAAUUUCCCAUGAUUGAGAAUCCCUGUUCUAGAGCAGGUCAAGAAGGUUUAUGCCUUUUAUUUACUUAGCUUUAGGUUUGUGUGCUGUCCAAAUCCUUUAAUAAAAAAAACACUUAAUAAAAUUCGUGAGUCAGAAAAGGUGCCAUCAGGCUCCUUCAGAAAAGUUAAAAAGUUGUUGAUUUGUUUGUGGUUCAAGUAAUCCGUUGUUCUGAAAGCAAUAUAAAAGGCUAUAAUUAUGAAACUUUUGGCUAGCACCAUAAAAAACAAAGAGAAAAGAGAGCAAUGAAGAAAGAAAGCCAGCGGUCAAUCUGACCAUUUCUCUGCUUCUUGCCAACUCAAAUAAAACAAGAAGUUAUAGCUUGGGCGAACAGAUCCACUCAGUCCAAAUCAUCCUUUUGGCAGUUACAAGAGGAAAAAAAAAAACGGAGAUGAGAUAAGACCCAGAAAAACAAGAGCAUAUUUGAUUGUGAAGAGAUAGAUUAAAUUUAAACAGAAGUGUGUUUCUCCUUCCUGCAGAGUCCCUCGGCCUCUUAUUUUUUCAUAAAAUAUUACGAGGAUCCAGCAUUUUAAUGUCAUUUUAAAUUUUGCAAGGCAAGAGUGCUUUUACAAAAUGGCUGCAGGGCAAAUGGGAGCCUUUGCAAGCCUUGUAGCUACAGUGCCUUGCACCCAGUCGAAUGCCUAAGGGCUGCUAGUUGUUAAAGAUGCAUCAGCAAUGGAGGCAGGAAUUGGCUUUACAGAAUUUGGAAGACAGAACAGAGCUGGAAGGGACCUUGGAGGUCUUCUAGUCCAACCCCGUUCAAGCAUGAGACUCUAUGCCAUUAUGGACAAAUGGCUGUCCAGUCUCUCCUGGAAAACCUCCAGCGAUGGAGCAUUCAGAACUCCUGGAGGGAAGCUGUUCCACUGAUGGUUUUCAUUC